AUGAACCUCGGCGGCGGUGGUGGCGAUGGCAACACCUCCGACUCGGACCUGGACGGCUCUGAUGUCCUCUCCGACCUGGACGACGACUCCAGCUGCAGCUGUGGCGAGGAGCACUGUCCACCGCCGGCGAGAAGCAACACCAAAUCGCAGACGGGCAGCAGCAGCAACUCAGAGGCGGGCUCACGAACCUCUCUCUUGGCCAGCUACGACGAGAACUCGCUUCCACCGCCGCCCCAGCUGCAGCUCUAUCCGGGAUGCAAACCGAAUGCUCUUCACCUGAACAACAACAGUCAGUCCGGGAAUGUAAACAACGGCCCAGCGACCAGUGUGCCCGCGGCUGUCAACAACAAGGUGCUGGGCAACUGCAAGGUGUGCAAGCAGCAGAUCACCAGCGCCCAGGCGGAGAACUCGCUCACCUGCGCCGACUGCGGCACCACCUCCCACCCUGCCUGCCUGGACAUAAGCGGCGAGCUGCUGUCCGCCAUUCGCCUGUACCAGUGGCAGUGCAUGGACUGCAAGUCCUGCAACCAGUGCGGCAUGCCGCACGACGAGGACAAGAUGAUGUUCUGCGACAAGUGCGACCGCGGCUACCACACAUACUGCGUCGGUCUGACCACCAUCCCCGAUGGCCACUGGGUGUGCUCGCUGUGCGCCGUCUGCGCCAACUGCCGCUCGAGGAAGGCCAGCGAGACGUCCGUCAGCGUGCAGUGGCAGCACGCCCUCAUCAAGAUUCAACACGACGGCCAGACCAUCACCAGACACCAGGUCUACUGUGAGACCUGCAGUACGCUGCGCAAGAUCUAG